UUACCGUUAGCUAAAAUUUGAAAUAUAUAUAUUUUGUUUAACUUUUGAGGUGAAUUUGACAUAACCGGUAUCCCGCCUAGCAGCGCCCCUCGCGUCGACCGCAGCCCUGCGUGACAACACCAGAAACGAUUCGUGUUUCGUGUAUUGCCUUUUUUUUUUUCUUCUCUCUCGACAAUUUGUUAUUCUCGAAGGGGGGGGGGAAAGAAAAUCGUAUAUUUACACGUUUAAAUCGACACGUCGACCAAUGUGAAAUGUUGUAUUUUGUGUACUAAAAGUGGAUAAAGUUACGGAAAACCCUUGAAAUGGAGGCUUGCUGAGCAAAAUGGCUGGACGCAGUGAAAUGUGAAACAUUGUAAGGUUAGCAGUAUCAGCACAAACGACUGGCUCGCAAGGGCGUUGGGAAUCUUUUUAGUCGCAGAAAUACCUUUUUUUCCCCCCCAAACCUCCUGGAUGUGAAAACAUCACUCUGGCAUAAUUUUAAAUUGUCGAUAGGUGCAUUUAUCGACAAGUUCGUCGUGUAUUUUUCCGUGGGGAUUUCUGCUUGACUGACUUGGCAGUGUGUUUAUUGUCUCCGGAGAUCAGCUGUGGAUUGUCACCGUUCACUUCAACUAUCCAUUAAAAUUUACAAGAAGAAACAACCGACCGAGUCAGGAUGCUUUUGAUAAAUAACCCAAAAUAAACCUGCAGUCAUGGGUGAAUUCCUGAAAUACAUCGACUACGAUCACAAGACCAGCUUCUUGAAGAUGUUGAACCAGCAGAGGAUGGAAGGAGAUCACUGCGACGUUGUGGUUGUGGUGGAAAACGUCGAGUUCAGAGCACACCGCUGUGUCCUGGCCGCCUGCAGCAUCUACUUCAAGAAACUGUUUAAAAAACAGAACGAUGUGGACAACUCCAUCGUGGAGCUCGACUUCAUCCGUUCAGACAUCUUCGAGGAGGUCCUCAAUUACAUGUACACCGCCAGGCUCGCCGUCCGCAAAAAGGAUAUCAACCUCAUGAUGUCAUCCGGACAGGUCCUGGGGAUCGCCUUUCUCGACAACCUGUGUUCACAGAAACGUGAGCCCAACAUGAAGCCGAGUCGUGAGAACCAGGCGCCAGGGGACGGUAUGAGAGCCCAGGAUGCCAUUUUGAAAGAGCUGGCAAUGGAGGAGGUGAGAAAGAACAGCUUCUACGAUGGAGGGAUGGAGGCCAUGGGCUCCGGGGGACCUCAUGGUGUCCCUCCUCACUUCGGCGGCAACAUGUCUAAAGAUCCCCACAGCGCCCACGGCUGGACCUCCUCUUCCUCCUCCUCCAGCGAUAUGAAGUUAGACUACCUGCUGUACGGCCACCGCUCUGACGGCAUCCACCCGGGAAUGAAACCAGGCGGAGACGGCCCCAAGAAAGACAAGUCCCACCUGGCCCACCGUCCGUUCGCUUGCGAGGUGUGCCCCAAAACCUUUACCACCCAGGCCCACCUCAAAGAACACCUGAAGAUCCACACGGGCUUUAAACCGCACCGCUGCCUGGUCUGUGGCAAGGCGUUCAUACGAGGGCCCGACUUAAAGCGUCAUGAGAGGGUCCACAGCAACGAAAGACCCUUCGGAUGCCAGAUGUGUGAAAAGGCCUUCAAGCACAAGUCCCACCUGCGAGAUCACGAGCGGCAGCACCGAGGAGAGAGGCCUUUCAACUGCGGCUCCUGUGAAAAGGCCUUCAUCAAAGCGUCCGACCUGAAGCGUCACUGGAACACGAUGCACAGCCAGCGCAGAACGCUGUCCCCGGCCGCCGCCACCCCGGGCAGCAUCCAGGGAGACGCCGACACGCAGAGCCAGAGGGACUGGAAGCUAGAAGCUGGGCCACAUUCGUAAGGACGGACUGUCUCACACACCAUGCAGAAAUAGUGACAGACACACAAAUAUACACACACACACACACACUCACUCAUGCAUCGCACACUGUCUCACACACACUCAUGCAUCGCACACUGUCUCACACACACACAUGAAUACACGGCCUGUGAUAUGUAUUGAUGUGUAAUAUCCCACGGUCGAUGAGAAGAGGGAGGAAUCGUAACAUGUCCGUUGACACGAUGGACGUUAAUCUGAUCCUGUUGAAUCGUUGAGCUGCGUAUGUUUUUCAUUUAUCCUCAACUUCAUGUAAAACUUCUCUAUCUACUUCUACGACAGGAAAAACGUUGUUGCUAUUUAGACAGGGGGGGGGUUCUUCUCUAUAAUAAUAAUAAUUAUUAUAACUUUAUUCCACUUUUACUUUAUCUGUAACAUUUUUAAGUGUUUUUUUGUUUAACCUUACUGGAUUUUAAGAGAGAGAAGAAGAGAAAAAAGAGAUGACUCUCUGCAUAAAAUGUGUUGUAUCGUAUAUAUUCUCCUACAUGUUGAUUGUUUUUUUUAAAUGGAUGUUUAGUUGUGCUGAUUGAUUGAUAUUUACACUGUAAAAGGUAACCCAGAGUCACUAUUCUUCAUUUGAUACAGGUUAUACCAAAGUCUUGGGCCGUUCAGAUAGAUAGCUAUGCUUCCAAGUCAAUUCUGGAAGUAAAAAAAAAAAUCCAACCUUUUUUUGAUUUGACAAGCAGUCUGAACAGGCUCUUUGUUCAUUGUCUGUUCACACCUAGCAGCAUGAGUCCGACUAGAUUUGCUGUUGUACAGUAUCACUAGCCCAUCAUCAAGCUACCAUCAGAGAGAGAGAGAGAGAGAGAGAGAGACACCACGUCUGUAUAUACUGUAGUGUUACUAGUUACACAAUUUUAAAACAUUUAGAACACAAAAUUACCAUAUAUGCACAUUUAGCGUUGUCCUCUUACACUUUGAAAAUAAAACCCAGAUUUGAUGAGUUGA